AGCAAGCAUUGAGGACUGUCUCCUUCAUGGCAGAGACUGGUGUGUUCCUGUACCUAGGACUAGCAGUCUUCACUAUUAAUAAAUACUUUGACCUGGCUCUCAUAAUAUGGAGUGUGGUACUGAUACUGGCAGGAAGAGCUGCUAAUAUAUUCCCAUUGACUGCUCUGGUCAACUGCUGCAGGUCUAUUAAGAUCAGCAUUAGGAUGCAGUGCAUCAUGUGGUACUCAGGUCUAAGAGGUGCAGUGGCAUUUGCACUAGCUGAGAACUUGAAAGAUUAUUUCAACAAAGAAGUGACAGGCUAUAUAGUGACCACGACACUAGUGAUAGUACUAUUCACUAUUGUAAUACUGGGGGGAUCCACACUGCCGCUACUUAAGUUUUUAAAGGCGGAUAAAGGAGCUAAACUAACAUUAAGUAAAACAGAGGAACAGGAUACAGCUAUUAGUAUGUCUUCUCCAGUCAAUGAGAGGUUCAUGAUGUCUCCUCGUGUGUACAAUCGACUGAGGAACUGCUCACAAUGGUUCAUGUUUAUUGACUACAGGUAUAUCAGACCAUUUUUCAUCAGACGAUUCACAAAAGAGGAGGUGAAAGCCUCCCAGUUUGAUAUGCAACAGAAGACAGUUGAGUGGUACCAGGGACUGAGGAAUGACUCACUCUCUGAUCAUGAUGAGAUUCAUGAGACCACUGCUGGGGAGGAGGAGAGUACUGUAUCUACACUGUUAUCAUAAUAACUACUGCACUACCUCCUCAUUACAUGUAUCAGUAUCAGUAUUAUUAUUAUUAUUAUUAUUAUUAUUAUUAUUAUUAUUAUUGUAUUAUUUAAUGUCUUCUGUGUUCACUUCUCUCUCUCUUUCAUUGUUAUUUAGUACAAGGUGUGUUCUUAAUCAUCAUUAUUAUAAUUUUUGUUAUUAUUUUCAUUAUUUUGAGAUUAUUGUAUUAUUCUUGUCCAGUCAGUUUGAAUUCAUCUUUAAAUCACACA